AUGUUUUUGGUAUCCUGGAGUGCCUGGAGCUGUUUGUUGUGGUGGAGGAUGUUUUUGGUAUCCUGGAGUGCCUGGAGCUGUUUGUUGUGGUGGAGGUUUUGCAAUGUCAUCACCUAAGAUGCCCUUCUAGAUCACUGACGUCUUCAGGUGUUCCUGGCAAAGCCGGCAGCAACCUAUUGUUGUACUUAAUUGUAGGAGGAACAGUCACUGGAACAGGAGCUUAUGUAUACAAAACACUGAGAGAAAACAAAGAGCGAUUCACCAGCCGCGUCACGACCAUAACGGCGCGACCUCAAGAGAGUGAGUCGUCUGCUUCUGCUCCUAGUAAGCUGUCCUGUCUGUCACCUGACGUCCCCUUCGUGCUGAUUGGUGGAGGAACUGCUGCUUUUGCUGCUGCCAGAUCCAUCCGGGCUCGGGACCCCGGCGCCCGGGUGCUGAUCGUGUCUGAGGAUCCUGCCCUGCCCUAUAUGCGUCCCCCUCUUUCCAAAGAGCUGUGGUUUUCAGACGAUCCCAACGUGACGGAGACGCUGCGGUUCAAGCAGUGGAACGGGAAGGAGAGGAGUAUCUAUUUCCAGCCUCCCUCGUUCUACGUGCCGGUGCGGGACCUGCUCUCGGUGGAGAACGGCGGCGUGGCCGUGCUGAGCGGCAGGAAGGUUGUGCACAUGGAUGUGAGAGGCAACACUGUGAAGCUCAGUGAUGGUACCCAGAUAUCCUACGACAAAUGUCUGAUUGCCACUGGUGGCUCUCCAAGGAACCUCCCAGCCAUUGAAAGAGCAGGGAAGGAUGUGCAGCAGAGGCUGACGCUGUUCAGGAAGAUUGAGGAUUUCAGAAACCUGGAGAAGAUUUCAAGACAAGUCAAGUCUAUCACAAUCAUUGGUGGUGGCUUUCUGGGCAGCGAGCUGGCCUGUGCUCUGGGGAGGAGAGCACGAACCAGAGGCCUGGAGGUCAUUCAGCUCUUUCCAGAGAACGGCAACAUGGGCAAAGUCUUGCCUGAAUAUCUGAGCAACUGGACCACAGAGAAAGUCAGGAGAGAGGGUGUUAAUGUCAUGCCCAACGCCGUGGUCAAGUCUGUCUCUGUCAGUGGCAAUCGGCUGGUGAUUAAACUCAAAGACGGCCGGAAGGUGGAGACCGAUCACAUCGUGGCUGCAGUGGGGCUGGAGCCCAACGUGGAGCUGGCCAAGUCAGCUGGGCUGGAGGUGGACUCCGACUUCGGCGGGUUCCGGGUGAACGCGGAGCUGCAGGCGCGCUCCAACAUCUGGGUGGCAGGGGAUGCUGCCUGCUUCUAUGACAUCAAGCUGGGCAGGAGGCGGGUUGAGCACCACGAUCAUGCUGUUGUGAGUGGAAGACUAGCUGGAGAAAACAUGACAGGAGCUGCAAAGCCCUACUGGCAUCAGUCCAUGUUCUGGAGCGAUCUGGGUCCCAACGUGGGGUACGAAGCCAUCGGCCUCGUUGACAGCAGUCUGCCAACAGUCGGAGUCUUUGCUAAAGCAACAGCGAAAGACACCCCAAAAAGUGCCACAGAGCAGUCAGGGACGGGGAUUCGGUCGGAGAGCGAAACAGAAGCAGAAGCCUCAGAGGUUCACAUUUCCCCAAGCUCUUCACCAACGCCCCAGGUCCCGAAGCAAGGAGAAGAUUACGGCAAGGGCGUCAUUUUCUACCUCAGGGAUAAAGUCGUGGUGGGAAUAGUCUUGUGGAACAUCUUCAACAGGAUGCCCAUUGCUCGGAAGAUCAUCAAAGAUGGGGAGGAGCACGAUGACCUCAACGAAGUAGCAAAGCUUUUCAACAUCCAUGAAGACUGAACUCCAG